AUUCGGUGCGGCUCGCUCGAUAUAAUAUAAGAUUAUGAAAUAUUUUUGAGGUUUCUUAUUUAGGUUUCUAAUAAUAUGGCAUUAUCCUUUCUGCGAACGAAACUAAUCGCUCGGCACGCCAAGAAGCAGUUCUACCAGAACAAACGCAAUGCGGGUUACGUCGUUCUUAUUCCAGAAAUAGGCGAGGAUGGCGAGAGAACGUCCCUCCUGGGGGACAACGGGCUGCCCGAGUUCAGCGACGUCACCAUCGAGAAGUGCAUCGCGUCCAUCAGCAAGCAGAGCCUCGAGUACGAGAGGGGCGUCGCCCAGAUCGAGCACUCCACGCCCACCUGCAAGAACGCCUUCGACGACGUCUUCAAACCCCUAGAGAAGCUCGACGCGCAGCUCGAACUCACCUGGGGCGUGGCCAAGACUCUGUAUCUCGGCAACAGCUCUCUCAUGCCCACAGCGUCCUAUAGAAACAUACACGAGCGUGCGCACAAAGCCAGGUCAGCUAAAUUUAACAGUGUUCCUAUAUUCCAAGCUGCAGUCAACGAGAAGAACAAGCUGAAGAAACUCACGGAUGAGGAACAGAGGCUGCUAGAUAAGUAUAUUUUAGAAGGAAAACUAAAUGGUCUAGAUGCAACGGGGCUGAAUUUAGAAAAGCUACACAGCGUCGUCGCCGAGUUGCAGAAGCAGAAGUAUAUGUUCCGCGAGAAGGUUAAUACGGCCACAGGUCUAUUCUCCAGCACUAUCACGGACAGUUUGACAGUCCAGGACUUCCCGGAGACGCUGCUGGCGGCCAUGGCCCCCGACCCGAGCAGGGGCCCGUGGAAGGUGACGCUGCAGCCGCACGUGUACGAGCCCUUCAUGCAGCACUGCCACGCCCGCGAGCUGCGCUGGAACGCCUGGAACGCGCACGUGCAGCGCUGCUCCGGCUACGGCAACAAGGACUUGGAAACCAGCACACACCUGGAGAAAAUCCGGAGCUUACGUACUGAACAGGCGAAGCUGCUCGGCUUCGAGACUUUCGUGGACAUGAGCAUGGAAACUAAGAUGGCCGGCUCGGCGGAGAACGUGUACAACACUCUAGACAGCUUGCUGGAGCACGCGCGCCCCGCACAGGACGCCGAACUCGACGAGCUGCAGAAGUUCGCACAAGAAAGAGGCUUCGACUUCAAGCUGGAGCACUGGGAUAUACCAUACUGGCAGAGGAAACAGAAAAGAACACUAUACAAGUUUGAAGAAGAUAAAAUUAGAGAGUACUUUCCUUUGCCGCGCGUCGUCCGCGGUCUGUUUAACCUGUGCCGUUCGCUGUUCGACAUUCAGAUCGAGGAGCGGAGCGUGCAGGCGUGGCACCGCGACGUCAAGCACUACGACGUGUUCCACGGGUCCGGGCGGCUCGUCGCCGGGUUCUACUUGGAUCCUUACGCCCGUCAGCACGAGAAGAUCCGCGUAUUCGACGACGCGGGCUGGCACGUCGCUCUCCGCAAUCGUUGCGCCUCGACUAAAGCCUCGCCUCUAUCCGCCCUCAUAUUUAACUUCCAACCUCCGGCGGGCGAGCGUCCGUCCCUCCUCACAUUCAACGAAGUGGGCGUCCUGUUCCAGAAGUUCGGGCACGCGCUCCGGCACCUCCUCACCGAAGCGAACUACUCCGAAGUGGCCGGGUUAUCCAACGUCGAAUGGGACGCCGCCGAAGUAUGCGGCCACGUGCUGACGCACUGGCUGUACGAUCCGCACACGAUCCGAGCGCUGAGCGGACAUCAUCGCACCGAAGAGCCGCUGCCGGACGAGCUAGUCGACAACCUCCACCGCGUCCGACGGCACAUGGCGGGGCUGAAUUUAUGUCGCGAGCUUUACUUCGCGCGGCUGGAUUUAGAAUUGCACUCGAGUAAAGUAUUCUGGCGGGACGCGGUGAAGGAACUGUGGCCGAAGCAUUUCGCGUUGCCGUUCGACAAAUACGACUCCCACCCGUUGUCCUUCACGAAGGUGGUCUCCGAGGAGUGGGCGGCGGCGUACUACUGCCGCACCUGGUCGCGGAUGCUGGCGGCGGACGUGUUCGGCGCGUGGCGGGAGGAGGCCGACGCGCGGGCGGUGGGCGCGCGCUACCGGGCCACGUUCCUGGCGCCGGGCGGCGGCUGCGCGCCGGGGGAGGUGUUCCGGCGCUUCCGCGGCCGCGACCCCGCGCCGCACGCGCUGUUGGCCGACCUGGGGCUCGCCAGGAAGAACACGCAGGAGUAGACCGUAUUGUAGUGUAAUAUAAUUGCUAUUUAUCGUU